AUGGCACCUAAGAAGAAAGAGCCGAAAUCCACGAAAGUGGCUGCCGAGGGACCGGUGAGCGCUCUGCCCUCCGUCGGCAAGAAGGAACUGUACCUGCAGAAGGAACACGCCGCCCUGACGGAGCACGUCAACGUGUGUGCACAGCGUGCGAGGCAGUUCCAAUGGGAAAGCGAGUUCUUGGACAAGGAAGCUCAGCAGAUCCGCGAGACCAGCAAAGUCUACCUCUCCUACUUGACCAGGCGCACAGUGCGACGCCAGAACGCCAUCGUCUCCUUGAACGACCAGAAUCGCGUGGACCUGGCCCGGAUCAAGCAGCAGAAGGCGGAGCUGGUGGCUCAGUACACCGAGCGAGAGAAAGCGGUGAGGCACCAGCUGCUGGAGAGGGAGACCAAGCUGCGUCUCAUUAGCAAGGAAGCUGAGGCCAUGCAAGCCUGGCGGGAGCUGCAGCUCGAGCAGCUGACCCGCAUCCGCGAGCUGGAGAAGGAGCUGCUGGUCAUGAAGGUCCAGCACGCGGAUCAGAUGCACGAGGUCAAGAGCAGAUUCCUGCAGCAGGUGCCCGACUACGAGAUGCAAGCCCAACAGAAAGUUCAGGCUCUUGCCAAGCUGGCCGAGAAGGAAGCCGUGCGCAGCCUGAUCCAGCACACCAAGCAAGUGAAAGCCGACAACCGGCAGCUGCGCCAUGAGCUGCUGGGCCUCAUCAGGCAAGCCCAGGUGCUGAAGGAGUUCCUCCUGCAGCUGAGAGGGCGGCGGCAGCAGCUCCUGCAAGAGCACCAGUACCGGCAGGACCUCGCCCGUGCGCGUACCUGGCUGAGGCAGCAUGAGCCCCAGCUGGCCACCCCUCUGGGCGGUAGCAGGUUCAGGGGCGGCCGUGCGGCUCGAACCCGGCUCAUGCCCUGCCAGGUCUCGGCGGGAGAGGCUCAGCUGCCGCUCGCCCAACUGAGUCAGCUCUGA